AAAGUGGAGACGCAUACUUAAUCUUUCAUAUCAACUGUUAAGAUACAUCUACAUUGCCAGCUUUGUGUGUCAGGAAGGCCCAGUGAGGGGAAGUAGCUGGCGGUGGCUGGCCCUCUUGUCCCUGGGCGGCCUCUUCAUGACGUCAUCAGCAGGUCUCAGCCUGCCCUGCCUGCCCGCCUAAUUCCAGUAUUAUUCAUAUCUGUUCUCAGCUCACUUAUUUCGUCUCACAAGUGUGGUAGGGGUGUGUAUGGGUGUGGUGUGCUGCUGCUGCUGCUACUACUACUACUACUACUACUACUACUACUACUACUACUACUACUACUACUACUACUACUACUACUACUAGGCUUGCCAGCCGAGGAGAUGAUGUCCUAUCCUAACUACUACUUCCGCACUGCUUCCCGGCGACCUGAUCAGCAUUACAAGUAGUAGUAGUAAUAUUGCUACUACUACUACUACUACUACUACUGACUAUUUGGUGCCCUAUGACCUGCUACUGUCAAGGGGUGUGGUGGACCAGAGUAUGCUGACAGAAAAGGCUGACGAUGAGAAGCUGACAGACGAAUGAAGGAAGAAGAGGACAGGACCUGAGGAAUAGACAAACAACAUAUCUAAAACAAAUAAGAAAAAAAAAAACAUUGCAAACACGAUAGAAAAAGAAAACCAAGACGAAAAACAAGAACAACAAAAGAAAAAGUGAUUGAAAAAGAAACGGAACAAGGCAAAAAAAAUAACGUUAACAAUAACAAAACAAAUUCAAAACUACAAGCACAACCAGAACAACCCUUACACCACACCCAAAACCUCACACACACACACACACACACACACACACACACACACACACACACACACCUCAGCCUCACCACUUCACGAUGGACCCUCACAUGACAGCAGAGGACCGUAACAUAAUGGACUUGGGAUCCCACCGCCGCCUGAAGCAAGAACUCACACCACCACCCUGUCCACAACAUUUCAAGAAGAAGAAACUAGUCAACUUCAAGGUUUCUCUCCGGCGUCGCUCGCUGAAAGACCAGGCCAGACGCGGCAGCACUGGAAGCAUCACCCCUCGCUUUGACGGAAGAAAAAGCUCUGUGACAUUCCUGCAGGACCAAGUGGAUGCCUUAGGGAACGUAAAGGAUUGCGCUGAGCACGAUAUACCACUCCAAACGCGCCAUGACUCCAGGACAGCCACACUGGAGAGACAGGACACCAGGACGACGAAGGAAAGACGAGAGGCAUUCAGGAGCACUGGGGAACAGAGAAUGGCCGCUCGUAGGAGUCAGGAUCGCCGAAGUGGUUCAACGGCCAACAGUUUCAGUCUGUCACGUGACCAGGAGCACAGAUUCGAGGACCAGGGAUCAAGGGAUAUGGAGAUGACCCGCAGACUGGACCUGGAACUAUCUCGGGCCACGCAGCGCAACCUCUCCGUGGACACUGGCAAAAGACACUCACUGGUCGAGCCUGACUUGUCCCCCAUUAGAACCACGCCCCCGAGAACCAGCCCAAGAACCACACCUACCAGAACCACACCCAUCAGAACCAGUCCCAAUGUGUUCUGCCCGCCAAACGACACCUCCCCUACACCGCUGACUGUCCCAACGGCCGAAGAGAUACGUAGACUCAACAACAUAGCGGCGCAGAGGAAGAGGGAGGACUUUUCGCGGUCUAUCAGCACUUCGUCAACGGAGAACUGGAACAAGAUCAAGACUGUGGCCACCCCGAGGACCACCCGCAUGAACAGCCUAGUGGAGAUGGUCAUUACAAGGAGAAAGGCCUCACUAGCGCCCUCUAUCUGGACUCCCUCCGUUCCCCGCUCCUCUCCUGGACCCAGACCUGCCAACUUCCAGGACCAGGAGGAGAAAGGCAAGAGCGUGUACGUGGUGUCCUUCAUCCUACACACGGCGCCGGUGAAGCAGAGGCAACACGUUCGCUUCCGCCGUCUGCCGAGUCUCCAGCUGCCGGAGCGGGAGGUGCGGGGAAAGCAGUACCUGGCGUGGCUCGGAAAGCUUGUGGAGAACCCGCUGCUGUCCUCUGGCAUACUCCUCAAGGGCCUGGAGAUUGGUGUUGAGUAUCCAGUAAUCCACCUGCGUGAUGUACCUGAAGGGGGCGUGGGAGGCGGAGAGCAGCGGCGCCUGGAAGCAAGCCUGGGGAGCGACAGCAGCCUUCUUCAGGCUGAGUACGAGGAGGUGGUAUCGUGGACUCCUGAGCUGUUGGUGACGUGCCCGAGUGAUCCUUCCCAGUGGGCCCGCUGCUACAUCAUCCUGGGUUUCAUGACACUCGAUGGGGAGCUUAACGAGAAAAUGGAGAAGGUUUGGAAGGAGUGGACUGGUGCUUUGUUCAUCUACUGCAACAUAGACGACGAUUUAGGCCUGAAGAAGCUGUCAUUUUACCGCCGCCGCUCACCACACCAGGCCAAACUCUUCUCGUACCUCGUUAUCGUUGAAAUCGACACAGUAACCCGCAAGAACUCACUGCACCUCCUCGAUUUUGUGUACCGUAUGCGACUGAGGAGUAUGAGCGGGUAUAUCUCGGUCUACCAAAGCCACAGUCCCGAGGUGGAGGUAGAAAGGAAGGGUUCUGUGUCUUGUAUAUCUAACUCUUCCUCCUCUUCCUCCCUGUCCUCGUCCGUUCAGGCUGAGAGAGCUGCUGUCUCCACCACUACGAUUUUACCAGAGUACCAGCCUGAUGUGUAUCCCUCUUCUCGGUACGGGAGAAUGAGUGUCUGAGGGGAAAGGAAGAAGAUAAGAUUACGUAAUUAGAAUAGGUAGAAAAAGGAGGAGGAGGAGGAGAGAAGGAAGACACAACGUAAUUAGGAAAGAUAUUAAAAAGAAACUAUAUACUUAAUUAGAGUAGGUAGAAAGGGAGGAAAAGAGAAGAAACAAUGUAAUUAAAAUAAGUAGAAGAGGAGAAGGAAGAGGAGAAAUGAAAGAAACUAGGAGGAAAAUAGGAAAAUGAAGAACAACG